UUUACGCCGUACGUUUAUUUGCGCGGUUUUUGUUCGGUCUCACAAUAACCGGCUUCACGUUGAUAGAAAAUAAAGCAGCGUCGAUGUAAAGGGGGCUUUACCUGGAACAUUCAUCACCAUUUUGUGUUUCACGUGAGCAUGGCUGAAUCGCUGCAGGAAAAAGAGUGCAAUGUGGUCAAGCUUUUCCAUGAACUUUGGGAGGAAUUACUAAAGCAGCGUAUCAACGAGCUUGUCCACAACCAGCGCGACAAGGAUAAGGUAGCAGAGAUUAUUAAGCGCGAAAUCGAAGACUUUCUGCGCACGUUCCCGUUUCGCGACCGGUUUAAUCUUCAUCCCGACGCCAAGGACAAUGCGAAAGCGCUUGCCGCCCGCAACUGUGGCAAUGAGCGGUUCGCCCCGUCGAUCGGUGAGUACAUGGAGUCGCUCCAACACUACAACGAGAGUAUCGCGUACUCGGAGCAAGGUUCGGAAACCAGAGCGCUUGCGUACGGCAAUCGUUCGGCGGUCUGUCUGAAGUUUGGCCUGUACGAAGAGUGUUUGGAAAACAUACGCCUAGCAAGGGCAUCAAACUACCCGAUGCAAUUGGCGGACAAACUGAACAAGCGCGAACAGCAUGUGAAGCGAUGUAUCGAGGAAGAUGCUGAAGAAUUUUCCGACAGAGUAAUGCAUACGCCUGGACAGUAUCGGCCACGUAAUUCAAGAUAUCCGGCACCAAAGUUGAGCUACGAGGCACACGCAAACGUCCCUCAGUUGGUGAAAUGUGUGGAGUUGCGUCAGAACAGCGAAUUCGGUCGUCAUCUAGUGACCACGCAGCAUCUAAAGGCGGGAGACGUCCUGCUGAUUGAGAAACCCUAUGCUAGCAUGCUGAAUGACAAGGAACGGUACAAGCGUUGCGCUUUCUGCCACAAUGAGGACACGUUUACGCUUAUUCCCUGCGAAGGAUGCACUUUAACGAUGUACUGCUCAGACGAAUGUAUGGACAAAGCGUACAGACAGUACCAUCGGUACGAGUGUGGCGUGCUUCGUGACUGUUGGCGCAUUGCUGGUCGCUUGGUGGGAGGCAUCGUGGGACUGCGUAUGGUUGCCACGGCGAUCGCUUCCUUCGAACAGGAUCUCGAGGGUUGGGCCAAUCAUUUGAACGCGCUCGACGAAACGAAGGUGAACGCGUUUACGGUGGACUGGAACAAGGCGACGGACAGCGACAUCUACGACACGGUGCACGUGCUCGCCACGAGCCAGAAGAGGCGGAGUCGCGAAGAUCUGGCUAUGCUCAUGUUUUUCACUUCAAUCGUGCACCGACUAUUGCUGGAACGCACCGAUCUCGGACCGUUGUGCGUGUCGAGCCCGACAAAAAGCAAGCUCCUGUUCGAUCUGCUGCUACGCCACUGGCAAACUUCCUUGAUCAAUAGCAAGCAGGUGUAUCACAUGCAACGUUCGGAAGGCCAAGACGAGGAAGACGAGUAUUAUGAGUAUAACUAUGCUGGGUACGAUAGCGACGAUGAGGAGGAAUACUCCGACGAAAUGCAUGCUAUUGCUGUUUACCCUUUGUUUAGCAUGGUGAAUCAUAGCUGCAUACCAAACGUGGCCCCGAUCCAUCUUCUCGAUGGUAGGUGUGCUUUUGUAGCUACCCGACCGAUCGCUGCCGGCGAACAGCUGUUCGACGUCUAUGCAUUUGCUUCAAUGGACUUUGAUCGUUCGUUCCGUAUAUUUUGCCUGAGAAAGUCCUACUAUUUCAAGUGUCGCUGCGCAGUAUGUGAAUCUUUUUCGUACGUGGAUGUCCGUAAUAUGACCCCACAGGAAACAAAUUUUCUCCGACUGCUACGUAUGGUGAAUGUCCCGGAGCAUCAAUUACCAAUGCUGGUAGAGCACAUGAACGAAGUGGGAAGGCGCUAUCCUAAGCAUCAGUACACGGCCGCGGAAGUGGUACUGGUGCGUAUCUUGCGCAUGAUGCACAGCUACUCGCUGGAGGAUGAUAUGCUAAACACGUUUGGGAGCAUUGGUCUUCCGGGUUUGGCAGCCUCUUUGAGUCGAAGUCGAGCUGGGAAUUUCAGAUAGGUGAUAAUGUCGUGAAAUUUGCAUUCCUUAAUUGUGUUCACCCUCAAAGGGAAGAACCAAUCUCCUGAACUUAAAUGCCAUCUUGUUUUACUUAGAACUACCAUGCUCUUUCUACUGCUUGAAAAAAUACUUUUUUGAAUUUUAAAAUAAAACAGAAAUAAACUAGUUUUGAGUUUUACAUCUACGGCAAGAUUCCUGUUUGAAAAUUCCGCAUCAAAUAACUUUUCCGAAAGUAUAAAACAGCUUCUAGAAGACCUAGUAAUUUUCCUUGACUAUUAUUUGGCGAAUCUUCACUGCUAAGGCCCUACCACCACCAUGCAAAUAAAAGUAAAGCAACAUUUCGUUGUAAGAGAAGUAGCUCAGUUUUGCACAUAGAAUCAAAUUAGAAGAAAAUAUUAAUAGUAUUUUAACAAAAGUUUUUUUAACGCAAUAGUGUGUAUCAUAUUUCUCCACCCAUUCUGUGAAUUUCAAGUCUGUACAAUUUGAAGCAAUACGAUUGAGCAAUACGGCCGAACCCGUGGCUUCUGAAUAUAAAUAAAAUAAAUUAUCUGAAAAUAAAUAAAUAAACGUGCCAAACUAUUUUCAGUUGAACUUGGUUUGCAUCGAUUGCCAUUUUGAAUACUCAGUGUAUUUGCGUCCGUGGGUUUUAAGUUUGUGAUUGCGCGUUAUAAAUGCACCAAUAAUUAUAUGAAUAAGGAUUUUGCGCCGAAGAUUGUUUUGUAAAAAGAUUUUGCUACCAAGAUUUUUGAGACCAAAAAUAAUGCGAACUAGGAUUUCACGAUCAAGGUUUUAGUACAUGGUAAUUAAAACUUACACUAGAUUUU